AUGCCUGAUAAAGAUAACGAAAUUUUAAUGCGCACUGCUCGACGAGGCCAAAUAAAAACUCAAAUCACCAAAUUUCAAACGUAUGUAUCAGGUUUAGCAGAUAGUGACAAUCUGACGCAAUUAAGGUUAAGAAAAGAAAAGAUAGAGCAAUGUUGGGAAGAAUUUAAUUUAAUACAGAAUGGCCUUGAGGCACUGACCGAUAGUGCAGAACAAAGGCAGUAUAGGGACGAUUUUGAAAAUGCAUAUUUCUCAGUAUUGGCUGAAGCAGAAGAUAAGUUAUCGGUACAGAAAUAUGCAAAUAAGCAACCAGGUGCUGAAAUAGAAAAUGUAUCGAUCCCAAGCCAAUCAACAGUGAGCGCUCCGUUAAUCAAAAUGAGACCACUAGAAAUACCUACGUUUACGGGAAACUUCGAAGAAUGGUCCACAUUUCAGGACCUGUUCAAUUCGAUGGUACAUUUGAAUUCAAACAUAGCAGAGGUGCAAAAAUUUGUGUACCUACGAAUGUAUUUGGCGGGAGAAGCAUUAGGUAUGGUGCAAAAUUUGGCUACUAAUGCAGCAAAUUAUACAGUAGCAUGGACAAUGAUAACCACUCGAUACAAUAAUAGACGCAUUCUUAUACAGUCGCACACAAAGGCGAUUUAUGAGUUAGAGCCUAUUUACAAAGAGUCGGGAUGGCGGUUGAGAGCGUUAACAAAUAAUUUAAAUAUGCAUAUGCAAGCAUUAAAGGCACAUGGUCAUGACCCAGAAGGGUGGGGUGCAUUGUUGUUGCAUAUAAUAUUAAUAAAAUUGGACCCUAGUACAAUGAGAAAAUGGGAGUCAAUUGCAACUAAAGAUGAGUUACCCUCUAUAGCGCACUUAGUACAAUUUUUACAGGAUCGCUGUCAAAUAUUAGAAGCAGUUGAAAAUACAAAAAAAUUAUCAAGUCGUUAUAAUCAGCAAAGCCGUACUGGUGGGCGUAAUCAAAUCGAAAAGAAUGUACAAAAUAGUAAAAAAAUUAAUUCAUUUGUUGUUACAAAUCGAAUGCAGUGUUAUAUGUGUAAACAGCCGCAUCCGAUAUAUGGGUGUAAAGAGUUUUUGUCAUUAAGUACGGCAGAACGAGGAAAGCAGGUAGACAAAUUAAAAUUAUGCCGUAAUUGUUUGAAAAGCGGUCAUACAGAUAUAGGUAAGUGUGGAUCAAAACGAACGUGUUCAAAGUGUAAUCUAACACACAACACUUUAUUGCACAUAGAUAAAACUAUAAAUGCACCAGUAUUAAAUGAAUGUGAAGAAAUGUCAAUCGCUACUCAUGCUGCACAAGGCAAUACGCGUGAUCAUGUGCUAUUAGCGACGGCAGAAAUAAAUAUAUUGAAUGCAUGUGGUGAACCGGUUUUGUGUCGUGCGUUGUUGGAUAGUGGGUCGCAAUCUAACUUCUUAACGGAAACAAUAGUGCAGCGAUUAGGUAAAAAGAAAAUCAAAAUAAACAAAUCAAUAGUAGGAAUUAAUGGAGUCAUAAAUCAAGCAUCCUAUCAAAUAAAGGCGACCGUGCAGUCGCGAGUAAAUACAUUUAGUGUAAACAUGGACUUUUUAAUAUUGCCCAAAAUUACGGGAAUGCUGCCCACAAAGCACAUUAAUAAAUCAGAUUGGUCAGUACCAUCCAAUAUAAGUCUAGCAGAUCCAACAUUUUCAAAACCCGGAAAAAUAGAUAUGCUAAUUGGAGCUGAUACAUAUUGGGAACUCAUGCGUGUCGGUAAUUUUAGAUUAUAUGAUGGUGGGCCGUUUUUACAAAAUACAGCAUUAGGAUGGUUAAUAUCCGGAAGUGUACCAGAAUGUGAUUCGGAUAGCGAUUCCGUCGCGUGUUGUGUGGCUGGUGAUUAUGAUUAUAUGAAUAUCGAUGAACGCAUAGAGGCGUUUUGGAAAAUUGAAGACUGUUCCGACAAUGUUAUAGAUACAACAUCUGAAGAUGAAAUAUGUCGAAAGCAUUUCAAUGAUAAUGUGACAAAUGAUUAUCGCGGGAAAUAUAUAGUCAAACUACCUUUUAAAAACAACGUUGGAAACCUUGGAGAGUCGUAUACGACCGCAUUGAGACGUUUUUUGUCAUUGGAGCGACGGUUAAUGAAAAAUCCACAACGUUAUGAUCAAUAUAAACAAUUUAUGAACGAGUAUGAACAAUUAAAACACAUGGAGGUGGUGCCAAACGAAAUAGAUAAGCCAGUAAAAUCAUAUUAUCUGCCUCACACGUACGUAAUAAAUGAGAGCAGCCGGACUACAAAAUUACGUGUUGUUUUUGAUGGGUCGUGUAAGACUGAUUCCGGUUUAUCAUUAAACGACGUAUUAAAGGGCCUGUGUUGCAAGAUGAUUUAA